UGGGCCGCCAAGGCAAGAUGGUGGACUACAGCAUGUGGAACCACAUAGAGGUGUCUGAUGAUGAAGACGAGACGCAUGCCAACAUCGACACGGCCAGCCUCUUCCACUGGCAGCACCAGGCCGAGGGGGAGCGCAUGGAGCAGUCCCAGAAGGAAGAGGAACUGGACAGGGGCUGCCACGAAUGCAAGCACAAGGUGGCCAAGUGCCAGAGGAAACUGAAGGAGCUGAAGGUGGCUGAGGGCGGCAAGGCAGAGCUGGAGCAGCUGCAGGCUGAGGCGCAGCAGCUGCGCGAGGAUCGGAGCUGGGAGCAGAAGCUGGAGGAGAUGCACAAGAAGGAGAAGAGCAUGCCCUGGAACGUGGACACGCUUAGCAAAGACGGCUUCAGCAAGAGCAUGGUCAACACCAAGCCGGAGAAGACGGAGGAGGACUCAGAGGAGGUGAGGGAGCAGAAACACAAGACCUUCGUGGAAAAGUGCGAGAAACAGACCAAGCACUUUGGCACUCGCCACUGGGAUGACAGCCAAGAGUGCCUGUCGGACAACGUCCACCUGGUGUGCGAGGAGACAGCCAAUUACUUGGUCAUCUGGUGCAUUGAUCUAGAGGUGGUGGAGAAAUGUGCACUCAUGGAGCAGGUGGUCCCCCAGACAAUCGUCAUGCAGUUUAUCCUGGAGCUGGCCAAGAGCCUGAAGGUGGACCCCCGGGCCUGCUUCCGGCAGUUCUUCACUGAGAUUAGGACAGCCGAUCGCCAGUACGUGGAGGGCUUCAACGACGAGCUGGAAACCCUCAAAGAGCAUGUGCGGGGCCGUGCCAAGCUGCCCAUCAAGAAGGUCAUGAAGGAGUACGAGGAGGAGGAGCGCCAGAAGCGGCUCGGCCCUGGCGACCUGGACCCCAUCAAGGUCUACGAGUCCCUCCCUGAGGAACUCCAGAAGUGCUUCCAUGUGAAAGACGUGCAGAUGCUGCAAGAUGCCAUCAGCAAGACGGACCCCACCAACGCGAAGUACCACAUGCAGCGCUGCUUUGACUCUGGCCUCUGGGUCCCCAACUCUAAGGCCAGCCAGGCCAAGGUGGGAGAGGAGGCAGGUCCCAGGGACCCGCUGCUGGAAGCUGUUCCCAAGACGGGCAAUGAGAAGGAUGUCGGCUUGUGA